AUGGAGUUCAGUGUCCUCCUCUUCUUUGCUUUCCUCACGGGCCUCCUGCUUCUUCUGGUCAGGGGCCACCCAAAGAAUCGUGGCCGCCUCCCUCCAGGCCCUUAUCCUCUGCCCUUUGUGGGGAACAUUCUGCAGAUGGACAGAAGAGGCCUCAUCAAAUCCUUCAUGAAGCUUCGAGAAAAAUAUGGAGAUGUGUUCACAGUGUACCUGGGACGUAGGCCUGUGGUGAUGCUGUUUGGUACAGACACCAUACGGGAGGCCCUGGUGGACCAAGCCGAGGCGUUCUCUGGCCGAGGGACAAUUGCCACUAUUGAGCAAGUCUUCCAGGGAUAUGGUGUGGUCUUUGCCAAUGGGGAACGCUGGAAGGCCCUUCGGCGCUUCUCUCUGGCUACCAUGAGGGAUUUCGGGAUGGGAAAGCGGAGUGUGGAGGAGCGGAUUCAGGAGGAGGCUCAGUGCCUGGUGGAGGAGCUGCGGAAAUCCAAGGGAGCUCUCCUGAACCCCACCUUCCUCUUCCAGUGUAUCACCUCCAACAUCAUCUGCUCCAUUGUCUUUGGAGAACGAUUUGACUAUAAGGACCAUCAAUUCCUGCGGCUGAUGGAUUUGUUCUAUCAGACGUUUAUGCUCAUGAGUUCCUUCUAUGGCCAGAUGUUUGAACUCUUCUCUGACUUCCUAAAGUACUUUCCUGGCACACACAGGCAAAUCCACAAAAAUCUGCAGGAAAUCAUAACUUUCACUGGCCACAGUGUGGAGAAGCACCGUGCAACCCUGGACCCCAGCUCCCCAAGAGACUUCAUUGACUCCUACCUGCUGCGCAUGGAGAAAGAGAAGUCCAACGUGAACACUGAGUUCCACCACCAGAACCUCAUACUUACCUUGCUCUCGCUCUUCUUUGCUGGCACCGAGACCAGCAGCACCACUCUCCGCUAUGGCUUCCUGCUCAUGCUCAAGUACCCUCAUGUUGCAGAAAGAGUCCAAAAGGAGAUCAAAGAAGUGAUUGGCUCACAUCGCCCACCAGCUCUCGAUGACCGCAACAAAAUGCCAUACACUGAUGCAGUUAUCCAUGAGAUUCAGAGAUUUUCAGAUCUCCUCCCUUUCGGUGUGCCCCACAUGGUCACCAAAGACACUGCAUUCCGAGGGUACAUCAUCCCCAAGAACACUGAAGUUUACUCCAUCCUGACUUCUGCUCUCCACGACCCACAGUACUUUGAAAAACCAGAUGACUUCAACCCUGAACACUUUCUGGAUGCUAAUGGUGCAUUUAAGAAGAAUGAUGCUUUUAUUCCUUUUUCCAUAGGGAAGCGCAUUUGUCUUGGUGAAGGCGUCGCCCGCAAUGAAUUGUUCCUCUUCUUUACCACCAUCCUCCAGAACUUCUCCUUGGCCAGCCCCGUGGCUCCAAAGGACAUUGAUCUCACACCCCGGGAGAGUGGUUUGGGCAGAGUUCCUCCAACUUACCAGAUCCGCUUCCUACCACUUUAA